AUGGCGACGCUGCCGGAGGACGUGGUGGUGGAGAUCCUGGUGCGCGUGACGGACCCGGCAGCCCUCUUCCGCUGCGCCGCGACGUGCAAGCGAUGCCGCCUCCUCAUCGCCGAGCCGUCUUUCCAGCGCCGUCGCUGGCCGGAGGGCGCGAGCCGCGCGUCCUCCCUGCUCGGCUUCUUCGCCGUGCAACAGCCCCGUGAAGAACCAACAGAAGGGAGCUCUACGUCUACGCCCAUGCCGGCCUUCACACCGGCGCCAUCCUCCCCCCUCGGAGAGCGCCACCGCGUCCUCACCAUCCCUGAUCAGCCUCGAGGCAACGAGGCAGUGGUGCUCGCCUCGCGCCGUGGCCUCGUUGUUGUGCGCGUCAACGGCCCCAUCACCAAUUCCGACAGAACCAUGAUCAUCGCAGUGUGCGAUCCGAUCGCCGGCACACGCCGCCUGCUGCCCCCGUUGAAAUGCAACAACAGCAGACCUUUCCGAAUACAGGGAUGCGCCAUUGUAACCGGUGCGGAUUGCUGGCCGGCCCAACGGCGAGGGGCGGCGCCGUCGGUCUACUCGCCCUUCAAAGUGUUGAUCGUCAGCUUUGACGGACGGUGCAAUUUCCACGUGUUCAAGUCCAAUGGGUCGCGCUGGACAAUGUGGAAAAACUGGUUCAGACCCGUGGCGUAUGCCGAACGUGUGCUGCCCCAGCAGGGCAACAUUGUAGUGUGCCGAGGCAUGGCACACUGGCUCUUCGAGUACCAGUCAAACUUGUACACGCUCAAUGCGUGUGUUAAGACCACGCGGAUGUCCUUAACAAAGCUCCCAGCCAUGACGAACCACCUCGGCUUCAUGCUUUCCAGCGCACUGCUUAAUGUCACCAGCGACGGAAGGCUAUCGCUGCUUGGUUUGUACAAGGACUGCGCCUCGCUGGAGAUCUGGACACACGAAGGUGACAACAGGAGCGAAGAUGGCAUGGCAGACUGCUGGCACCAUACCAAGAUGAUUGAGCUAAAACAACCCAAUCAGAGUACGGUCGACCUGGUGCAAUGCGUGUGCGUGAGCGAGAUCACAUGUAAACUGCUUGUCAAGGACGAUCAAGAUUGCGUGCACAUUGUAGAUCUCCAAACUGGGGCGAUGGAGGCCGUCACCGACUGGUUUUGGGGCAUUGUCACGAUGGCUGUCCCGUUUGAGAUGGAUUGGCCGACCUUGUUCACGCCUCGCUUGGCGGGCCGUAGAAUCAAGCGGAACAAACUGAGAGGGGCUAUACCAAAAAUUGCUUACUCUUUAUGGGGACCAAUAGUUAUGACAAUUAUCGUUGGGUCAAUUGCUUAUUUGCUAUGA